AUGGAUAAAGUAAUGUUCCUCGGUGCUUUACAUUCAUAUUUAAUUAAAAAGAAAAAUUUAAAACGUCAAAUUGUUAACAUUAAUAGUGAAUUACAACACCAACGAGUGAAAAAACGUCGUGCAUUGUUACUCAGAAAUAUCCUUGUAUUCAAUUUAAAUUUUCUUAUUGAUCAAUCACUAAAUACUCAUCGUCGAGCAGUUUGGUCUUAUCCAAAAAGUGGCGAAUGGUGGUCUGAUAUUGUUCCCAAUAUGACAGAGAAGCAAUUCAAAGACAAUUUUCGAAUACAACGUUCAACUUUUGCACAACUUGUGGAUCGAAUCGGGAAAUAUGUAAAAAAAGAAGAUACCGUGUUGCGCUUAGCUAUCCCAGUAGAUAAACGAAUUGCGUGCGCGUUAUAUUUAUUGGGUACUACAGGUGAAUUAAGAACAAUUGGUCAUCUAUUCGGUAUUGGAAAAUGUUCAGCUGCCAAUAUCUUGCACGAUUUCUGUUAUGUUAUUGUUGAAUUAUAUUUUCAUUGUCUCAUUAAAUUUCCAACCACACAACAAGAAAUAAAGGCUACCACUGAUGCUUUUUUGAAGAAAUUUAACUAUCCGAUGUGUUUAGGCGCUCUUGAUGGAACGCAUAUUGCUAUUGAACCUCCAAUUGGAUUUGAACCAGACUAUUAUAAUUAUAAAAAACACCACUCUAUUAUUUUAUUGGCAGCUGUUGACUCUUCUUUAAAAUUUACAUACGUAAAUGUCGGUGCACCUGGCCGGUGCAACGACGCUAAUGUCUAUAGCAGAUCGUCUUUAUAUGAACUUCUGCAAGGAAACAUUUAUACUCAAAAUUAUAUAACAAUUAAUAAUACACGUAUUCAAUCUCAUAUUAUUGCUGAUUCAGCAUUUCCAUUGAGCAAAUAUCUAAUGAAGCCAUAUACCGAACGAUAUGACAUGCCACGCGAUCAAUCUGUCUUUAAUUACCGUCUAAGCCAUUGUCGUUGUUCAAUUGAAAGAGCUUUUGGUCAUUUAAAAAAUCGUUUUCGAAGUAUUCAUAAAAAAAUGGAAUAUGAUAUUACAAAUGUUAAAACUAUCAUAAAAGCUACGUGUAUAUUACACAAUAUUUGUAUCGAUGCUCAAGAUUCUGUUGAAAUCGAUUGGGACAUUGGCGAAACCAUUUAUCGAAAACCAACAUGUGCUACACAAACAACAGCUUCAAUAGCAACAAGAGAAGCAUUAACUCAAUAUUUUUCACAGAAUCCCAUUUAA